UGACUUAAAAAUUAGGGUUUAAGAGCACACAGAGGAGAGGAGAGGAGAGGGGAGGAAGAAGAGGUAAAUUAACGAAAGAUGAGAGAAAUACAGCUAUCCUUGAAUCAAACUCAAAAGAUAAGAUUACAGAAAGCUCUGCAAAAGCUCGAGUCUUUGCAUUCUAAGGUCAAUUCUGAUGCUUCCGUCACCGUCGCCGAUACCAUCCCAAUCAGCCUCGAAGACAGUAUUCUCAAAGGACAUGGAACAGCAGAGCGCAACGGUGAAGUGGUGGCGACGGUCUGUGGAGUGGUGGAACGCGUUAACAUGCUUGUCUAUGUACGAUCUUUGCGCUCCAGGUUCAAGCCAGAGAUUGGAGAUAUCAUAGUGGGCCGCGUUGUUGAGGUCGCUCAAAAGCGUUGGAAAUUGGAAAUAAAUUUCAACCAAGAUGCUGUUUUAAUGCUUUCUUCGAUGAACUUGCCUGAUGGUAUUCAGAGGCGGCGAACUGCUGUGGAUGAACUGAACAUGCGCAAUGUUUUUGAGGAGAAUGAUGUUAUUUGUGCUGAAGUUCGUAAUUUUCAGAAUGAUGGGAGUUUACAACUGCAAGCAAGAAGUCAGAAGUAUGGGAAGCUUGAGAAGGGGCAAUUGCUGACAGUCCCCCCUUAUCUAGUGAAAAGACAAAAACAGCAUUUCCAUCAUCUGGUACAAUAUGGAGUUGACUUGAUACUUGGAUGUAAUGGAUUUAUAUGGGUUGGUGAACAUUGUGAUGCCAGAGACACUGUAGCAGAAGAGCAAUUAAACAAUACUGAAGAACAAAAUACCAAAUCCACUAGAGUUUCUGAAAACGUACCACUAGAGACAAGACGGAACAUUUGCAGGGUUGCAAAUGCUGUCCGUGUAUUGUCAACUUUGGGCUUCAGUUUAACUUUAGAAGUGAUAUUGGAGGCCUUUAACUUGAGUAGCACUUUGAAUCUUGGUAUAGAUGAGAUGCUUGUGUCAGAGUUCCAUGUUUUGGUAGCAGAGAAAGAAGCUGAACGACGCAGUUCAUUGACCAAAAAGAAGAGAUGACGUUGAUCUCUUUUUGUGAUCGAUGAGUUCCUAGAGUUAUGUCACUCUCGCAUGCUAAAAAAUGUAAUGUAUUUGAUGACAGCUGGGAAGGACUGUUUAGUGCAAUUAACAGGAAUUAUUUGCUCA